AUGUCAGAUUACAGCUUAAUCAACAACCUCAGAGAACUGACAGAACUGCUGGCUCGUCUUAAUGUUGAUAUGAUAAUAGACAGUGAAUAUAUAAUGAAAUACAGUAAAGGAAAAAUACCCGAGGAAAUGUUGGAGAACUUAAUCGGAAAAACUCUGGAUUUAAAUGAUAUCAUUUUGACUGAAACAAGCUCGUUUAAAUAUGGAGAUAGAGGAAUGGUUUUGUUGAGUGCAUUGUGCGAAGAUCAGUGUUACAUAAAAGAAGUAAAUGUACCUUACACUGAACAAGUCAACAAAGAAGGAUCUGUCUCUACAGUCAUCAGUACAGAUCCACUGUUACCUGGAGGAAUCUGCCAGUCAGUGUACGGUGGAUUACUGGUCACCCUGAGAGACAAUGAAUCAGAUGAUUACAAAUUAGAGUCACACAGCAGACGUCUGGUGAGACACAUCACAGUGACAGGUGAUGUCAUCCAUGAAUAUGAGUACCAGGAGGAUGUUCAGACCAGACUUUUUACAACUCCAUUUAAAGUUGUGUUGUGA